CGUCAAGUGCCGAUGGAUAAUUUUUUUUGAAACGUCAACAGGAAUAAAGUGGAAACAGAUGUUUUCUAAACAGCUGAUUUGUUUUUGUUUAUAAAUAUCAAUUUAUUCUGUUGAAUAAUCAUUAAAAACGUGUGUGCCACUAGAUAAUUAUCUUAUGUAUAAUAAUUGUUGAUAAUUAAGUGCUUUAAAUACUUGUUUAAAUCAUAACUCUACUCCAAAAUAUGGAGGAUCAAAACAUCCCCAUAGAUAUUAAUUCAGGAAAAUUAUUAGACUGGUUGAUAAAUCGUCGACAUUGUUCAACAGGAUGGCAAGUUCACGUGAAAACAAUCAGAGAAAAAAUAAAUAAUGCAUUACAAGAUAUGCCUGUUCAUGAGGAAAUAGCUAGACUGUUAACUGGAACUUACAUCAAUUACUUCCAUUGCAAAAGGAUAGUUGAGAUUCUAAAGGAGACUGAAGCAGAUUCGAAGAAUUUAUUUGGCCGUUAUGGAUCUCAAAGGAUGAAAGAUUGGCAAGAAAUCAUCAGAAUGUAUGAAAAAGAUAAUUUAUAUCUAGCAGAAGUUGCUCAGAUGUUAAUCAGAAACAUUACUUAUGAGAUUCCUAACCUGAAAAAGCAGAUUCAGAAGUUGGAGCAGUCAAAAAAUGACUUGCAAAAGAAAGCAGCAGACUACAAAAAGUCAGAGACCCAAGCAAGAUCAGAGUUCCAGAGCAUGUGUAAAAAUCUAAGAAUCGAGGGGAAGAAUAUAAAGAAAGAAUUAGUAGACCUCAUAGUGGAGUUACCUCAAAUAUACACAGAAGUUGUAAAAAAGUGUCAGAGUCUUCGAGAAGCUGUGGAGUUUUAUUCAGCAUUUAUUCACUUCGUUCUUGGACGUUACCAUGAUGGUGGCUGUGUGCCAAUUGUGCAAUAUGUCAUAGAUAAAGGAAAUACAACGACCUAUCAGUGGAUUUAUGGUGAAGAGCCUUUGUCAAUAGUUGAGCCUUCAGUUGAUAUUGAGAUCGAAGACCAAUCUGCUAUUGAUCUGAUUGAUGAUCAAAAUGCCAUUGAUUUCAAUGAAGAAGUUGAUUUGGAUGAAGGUGGUGAGAUAGACUGGGGUGACAUCAAUGUUGUGGAAGAAAACAAUGAAGCUUUGGAUAUUGAUUUAAAUAUCUCCCUAGAGGAAUCUGGAAUUGUUGUGGAAUCAGCUGGUCAUGAAGGUGGAGUUGCUACUGGAGAUGAAGCUUUGACGAUUCUAGAUAAUCCUAAAAUACGAAAUGAUUUUAUUGAUCAACUUCUAGAGCUGGAGGCCUUUUUUAAAUUACGUCUGUAUGAGUUGAAGAGUGAAAGUAAGACUAAUUUAUUAAGUCUCAGUCAAAUGCAACUUGCUUCACCUAUCCUACAACUCUCGACAAUGGAUAGCACACAAAAUAUGCUGGAUAAUGUGCAAGUUGUCUUGUCAACUAUUUUAGACAGUCGAGUACAGCAUUUACAUUCUAUCAAACAUUCCCCCAAAUAUAUCGACAUCCUUACUGAAACGUUAAAACAAAAACGAGAAGUGAUAGAAAAAAUGGGAUCUAUUCAGAAAAAUAUUGUUGCUAAAAAAAAAGACAUCACUGAACAAAUAGAGGCUGUACAUGUAACAUUGAAACUUGUUGUACAAAGAACUAAAGAACUUCAAUUUGAUAUUGAACAGGAAUUAUCGAAAAAAUACAACAAUCGAGCCGUGCGUUUGACAGGUGGAAUAAACAAUAUGUGAAUAAAAUGCUGUAAGAUAAUAAUUGAACAACAGAUAUUUUUUUAAAGGUGUAAAAAAAAUUAAUAAAAACAAAAUUUCGGUAGAAAUAUUUUUAUUAUGAGUUCAAA